CAAUUUUGCGUUCACAGCGCAAGAAAGAGGAACCAACACAGCAGCAUCCACCAUGCUCGACGCAGCGGCCGAGAUCAUCGUGACGGUGGCGGCGGCGGCAUCGUCUAAUACGUCCAUCACAAACACAAGCUUAGGUGCAGGGUAUGCAUCGCCUAGCAGCAACGUGGCGGCACUGCGCUUCAUCUUCACGGUGCUCUCGAUCCUCGGGUGCGCGGUUGUCGUGCUUAGUUACAUCAUGUUCCUUCCGCUGCGCAAGGGUUCAAAUGCAUUGGUCGUGUCCAUCGCCAUCUUCGCCAUGGGCAUGCACAUCACAAUGUUCGCCCAGACGGGGUACAAGGGUCCUCUGGCCGAGAACGUCGACUGCGACGUGUCUGUUGCCGCUCUUACCCAGUUCUUUGUGCUAGGCCAAGAGAUCUACCUCUUCACCAUGAUCCUGGACCUGUACUCGACGACGCGCAACCCGUUCACGUUCACGCGGCCGUCGUUGUACCAUGUGUUCGUCCUUUCCGUGUCCCUGCUCGGCGCGUACUUGUUUUCGUUGAAUUCGCGCGCGAUUGGGUUUGCCGAGCUCGGCGUGUGCUGGUUCCAGUCCAACGACGACAACGCGUCCGUGUGGCUGCACAUCUACUUUGUGGCGCCCCUGGCGUUUCUCUACGGCAAAGGGUUCAUGCUGUUCAUCGUGGCGCGGAACCGCAUCCAAGACGGGUACGACGACAUCACGACGUCCGCCGCGCGCAUCUUGAGUCUUCGCCACAUGCGCGUGUACAUUGGCAUGUCGGCACUGUAUUGGAUCGUCAUGGGAGUCGGGUCCAUCGCCAUCUUGUUUUGGCUUCCCCUCGACGACCACUCAAUCCCUUCCUCUCGGCGGAAGACGCAAGUGUUCUACGAGUUCUGGAUGCUCGGUCUCUCCAUCAAGGGCACGGUCGUGUUCGUCCUGUACACGUACCUGAUGAAGCUGCCCGCGGUGUACGCCAUGUGGCGGCAGGGCUCGUACGACGACCUCAUGAACGUCCAAGGCGUGCACUGGGUGCUGCGCCGCGACGUGCUGUACUUUGCCCGCAUGGGCAUUUGCGAGUCGAUCUCGUCGGCCGUGGAGUGGAUCCCCGAAGGUCCAUCAGCGUACGCCGUUCGAUCCCUUGAGCUCGUAGGUCGCCAUGAGUCCCACAAAGCUCUCUUCCAUGAGUUCGAAGCCGCUUCUUUCGCGGUCGUGCGAUCCCUCUCUGGCAUCACGGCGGAUGCACUUGGCCUCAGUAUGCGCGUACACACGCAGGAGCGGUUCAGUGAGGGCAAAAGCGGCGCGUUCUUGUACUACACUGGCGACCAAAAGUUCAUCGUCAAGACGUGCACAGAGGCCGAGCAGGGGUACCUGAUGCAGAUCCUGCCGUCGUACAUCGCCCACCUCCAGAUGUACCCCAAUUCAUUCCUGUCGAGAUACGUCGGAUGCUACGAGCUGGUCGUGUACGACCAAACGAUUCGGUUUAUUGUACUGGCCAAUAUAUUGCAAAAUCCAAGUGUCGUCGUGGACGAGUUUUACGACUUGAAGGGGUCGUGGGUGGGCCGAUACGAGAACCCCCAUGUAUUGGGCGUGCGAAAGGUGUGCAAGUACUGCGGAAAGGAGUUUGUGGUGGGGAUGACCCAAGAAGUGUGUGCGAUGAACCCCAGUCGAAAGCAAGGCCACGUCCAGGACAUUUGCGGCAAGGACUUGAACUGGGGCGCGCGCCAAAUCUCGCUCCAUGAGGACUUGGCCGACGCGAUCGCGGACCAACUAGCGACCGACUCUGAGUAUUUACGAUCGAUCAACUCGAUCGAUUACUCGCUCAUUGUGGGGCUGCACACCACCCCCAUCCCCCCCCCUUCUUCGACUUCAUCCCCAUGUUUAUCGUCCCUAUCUUCGCCCCAUCUUGUUCAAGACACUGCUCCACCGUCGCAUGAUCCAUACGACUUGACUCUAUUGGGGCUACAGAAAAAGAAGCCACCCCCCCCCCUCCCAACCUAUACAAACUCCCACGUGUACUCGCCGACGACGACGACGACGACGACGACGACCCCCAACCCCUCGUCGGCCUCCACUGGGGUUGUGUACCACCCCAUCACAUCGACCAAAGCCGCCGCCUCCAACCAGCAGCAGCACUUGCAGUCGUCGCCCGUGGGGGGACCUCCUCCCCCUCUGGCAAACCACCACAACGAAUGUGUCGUGUACAUGGGUAUCAUUGACAUUUUGACGCCGUGGAGUGUUCGUAAACAGAUGGAGCACUGGGUCCGUGUCUAUCUGCAAUGCCUCGACCGGCUCGGCAUCUCAUGCGUCGAUCCCAAGUAUUAUGCGCAACGUUUCCGAGACCGUGUAAUCAACACCGUGAUCCGGGGAGGGGGAGGACCGGCACCACCUCUGGACGACCACUACUCGAGUAGUACUACCCCAAAUCAACAGCUACCCCCGAACCGACUCAACUUGAAACUGCUGACGUCCCAAGGUCCUACUGGUGAUAUCAUAGGAUAUAUGACAUCGGGGCGAAGUACCACGACGUUGGUAGCGAGUGACUUCACGGGGUCCCAUUUUGUAUGGGAACAUCAACGGCCGUCCAGCUCCAAGUCCAACUUGAGUUCGUUUCCGAGUCUCCACAGCACCCAAAGCCAAGGCCCCCCCCCUCCCAUGCGAUAAAGUUGGUUGGUGUACUAGUUUGUAGUAGUUGUUAAUCAUACCCAUGCAAGUAGGAAAAGAAAUACUACCCAGUCGUUG